CAAAAGACAUACAACACCAAGGAUUCGCUGGUCGUCACCGACCCAACUACUAGUUUGGCCCUCACCGGCUUGUCUAUGGGAGAGCGGACGGGAUCCCGAAUUCUCCGGUGGGUAUGGUCGUAUGUGGUAGACUCAGCUCCCAAAGAGGCUCAUAUUGUUGAGCGAUGGGGUCUGAGACGCAGAAUAGUCUCGUUACUCGGGUCUGGGUCAACCACAGAGGGAUUUGUUCAGAUAAUGAACGAUAAUAUGUGA